UGAAUGAAUGCUUCUCUCAAUCUCUCUCCCCUGAAGAAAAAUAGAAAAGCGAGGAGCCAGGUGAUGCUAAUGUGAAAAGAGGAGCAGAAUCUCCGCCAUGUCCACGUCACCGUCCGGCAGUACCCUCGGUAAGGCCACGGCGGUGAUGAAGAGCCUCAACUUCUACCUUUCAGAUCACCCCGCAAUCGUGACUUUCAGAUGGAGUCACGACCUAUGCUGGGGUUCCACCUGGUCCUUCCUCUUCUCCUCAAUCGCCUUUUACGUCGUCGUUUCGAUCUUCCUCCACCUCACAUUAGCCUUUCUUCUUCGACGUGGCAGACCCGUUCCGCUGGGACCCAUUCCCGCGCUCCACAGCCUCUCGAUGUCCGUCAUCUCCGCCACCAUAUUCGCCGGCCUCUUGGUCUCCGCCGCCGCCGAAAUCAAAGAGACACGGUGGCUCUGGCGGCGCUACAAGACCCCGCUCCAGUGGCUGCUAUGUUUCCCCCUUGGAACGCGUCCCUCUGGUCGUGUUUUCUUCUGGUCCUACGUUUUCUACCUCUCGCGUUUCCUUCACAUGUUGAGAACCGUCCUCGUCGUCCUACGACGUCGUAAGCUCGUUUUCUUUCAGCUCUUCUACCACGCGAUUUCCACCUUCAUGUCUUUCCUGUGGCUCGAGUUCUCGCAAUCUUUCCAAGUUCUGGCGAUCCUCUUCACCACGCUCGCGUUCUCCGUUAUGUACGGCUACCGCUUCUGGACAUCAGUGGCGGCGCGUGGCGCGUGCCUGCCACUCGUGCUCAACUGCCAGAUUGCGCUGCUUGGGUGCAACUUGGUUUGCCACGUGGCAGUGCUCUUGUUGCAUUUUCUAACAGGAGGGUGUAACGGGAUUGGCGCGUGGGUCUUCAAUUCCGUGCUCAACGGUGCUAUUUUGUUGCUGUUUCUUAAUUUUUACGUGAGGAUGUAUUUAGCAAGGAGGAGGAAGCGUAAGGGUGUCGUCAUUGAUCAUCGUUGUGAGAAUGAUAAUAACAUUGCUCGCUCCUCUGUCUUGGGCGCUGGAAAAGAACCACAUAGUAAUAAAGUGAAGUCCAAUUAAAGCACAGAUAUAUAUUUGAAGGUUGAGUCAUGGCUUGCAAGGUCCCAAACUUUGUGGAAUUGGGCAUCCGAGUUUAUUUUUUUUUGUAAUUAAAAGCAUGCGUGCUGGUUCUAUAUAAAAGGCCAAUGUGAUUGUAGGAAGAUAGAGAGUUUUGUUGAGUACUCUUUUUGAUAACAUUGUAAGUUAUAUAUAAUCGUUCUUCAUCUCUUUCACGGAUUGAUUAUUGAAGUCUUCUCAAUUCUAAUCAACUCAUCAUUCCGUGC